GUCCGCGGCGGAGGCUGCGGCUGCCGUGGGCCCCGGGCGAGGAGCGGGGCGAUGCACAGGCUGCGCGGCUGCUGCGCGCGUCCCCGCGGUGCCCCGCUACGGGCCGAGCGGAGCCGGGCGAGCAGCCGCGCCCUGCGGGUGCUGGUGGACAUGGACGGCGUGCUGGCGGACUUUGAGGGCGGCUUCCUCCGGAAGUUCCGCGCGCGCUUCCCCGACCUGCCCUUCGUGGCGCUGGAGGACCGGCGCGGCUUCUGGGUGUCGGAGCAGUACGGACGUCUGCAGCCUGGGCUGAGCGAGAAGGCCAUCAGCAUCUGGGAGUCAAAGGAUUUCUUCUUUGAACUCGAGCCUCUUCCUGGAGCUGUGGAAGCUGUGAAGCAGAUGGCCAGCCUGCAGGACACCGAUGUCUUCAUCUGUACGAGCCCCAUCAAGAUGUUUAAGUACUGUCCCUAUGAGAAGUAUGCCUGGGUGGAGAAGCACUUUGGCCCUGACUUUCUGGACCAAAUUGUGUUGACCAGAGACAAGACUGUGGUCUCUGCUGACCUUCUCAUAGAUGACCGGCCAGACAUCACAGGGGCCGAGUCACACCCCAGCUGGGAGCACAUCCUCUUUACCUCCUGCCACAACUACCACCUGCAGCUGCAGCCCCCUCACCGUAGGCUGCACUCGUGGGCAGACGACUGGAAGGCCAUCUUGGACAGCAAGAGGCUCCGCUGAGGGCUGUGCUGUGGCUCUCUCGUGGUCCAAUGUGGGGCUCGCAGCUCAUGACUGGACAGCAAACAGCCUGCUGAGGGUUGUGCUACAUUCUCUGGGGUACUUCCAGGAGGACUCCAGUGAACACUUUGGUCAAAACAACUUUGGACACACUUCCCUUCUUUCCCUAGCCCAGCAAGGCCUUAACUGAUACUGGGACGGGGCUGGAAGAAAGGCAUGUGCUCCCAGGCAAGUUGGUCUGACCUCAGACAGAGGCCCCAUGCCACUGCCUCCCACUGCGUACAAUAGGGGUGUUCUCUGAGACGUGGGAGUACCCUGGUCCAGGAUCUGCAAGGUGAGGAGUGCCAGGGACAGAUGACAGAGGUUCCCUUGGCAGGCAUAUGCCUGUCUACCUCUAUCGUAGAAUCUUGUCCAACUUACCUACUUAGUCUCUGUGGCUUUCCAUGGCCACUGGGCUCUUUUGGAGGCCAACAGUGAUCCUGCUUAUGGCCAGUGCUGUCAUCUCUUGCCCUGGUGUCCCUAGAUCCCAUUCACAGCCAGAAAGGAGUCAGAAGGCUCAAAUAUUUGUUGACGACAUUAGAAAUAAAUGCUAUUCACACAUA